CAGCUUGAAGAGGUGGCUUUUCGUGGAAGGCAUUGACUGACCUUGACCCUUUGGCGGAGAGGGUGAACUGAGUGGUUUGUUAAAAUGACUAUAAAAAAAGUGAAUACGGCAGGUAAGGAUAUAAUAGAAUAUAGGUAGGAAUGCAUAUGUGGUACCAGGGUACUCGUGGAAAAUUGAGCUCCACUUGUCACCGCCUCUUGAGCCCACCUCGCAAACUCGGUCUCUCCGUAAAUUACCAUUUCACGUAUGAGCACACCAGUCCGGCUGCAGGGUGCUGCGACCCGACCAAUACUCCAUGGGAAAACCUCCAUGAGGCCCUCGGGAUCGAGGGGUUGCGAGUGCCAUGCAUAGUUGAAGAGUCGCUCUUGCAACAUCUGGCUGAUCACCCGCACACCGACACUGAAGGUCCACCUCCAGGAAGUGCUGCCGACCUACAACACCGUUUCUUCUUCGGACUGCUGCAAAGUUUCCACAGCGCGCUUGGUAUAGAAUGGGAUGCCUCGUGGUUCAUUCAAAACCUGCCUGAUGGCGAGCAAACUGUCUCUACGAGAGCCUUGGUCGACCGAGCCAUUGCCGCCAUGCUCUCCACUUGCAUCCUGCCAAUCCUUCACGAUAGCGAACCUGACUUGAGCGGAGACGAGCUGCUAACGAACUUGAAACGCGGGCUUAAUGGUUCAAGUGAAUAUGUCUCGAUCGACUUUGACGAGAAGACACAAGAUACGAGGCUAGCAGUGACAGCACUGUUGUACGAGUCGGUCCGAGCAUUGAAUGCUGCCCUGAAGGCGUACCCUCCAUUUACACUUGAUCUAGACCCCGAGCAUUACAUUCACAGCACUACCUUCAGGGUUCUCCUAGCGAUUGGCAUCUUGUACGAGACCCUGAAGGAGAUCUACAUUUCGUUGUUCUUCUUGUUCGAGACUGAAGAAGGGCUGGUAUCAGAUGAUAUCGAAGAGGCGUCACUCAAUGCGGAGAUAUUAAUCUCCAUUCUACAGACUUCGACAGCGAAAAAGGGAUGGUGUUUGGCUCGCACCAGUGGUCUUGAAAAGUCCCUUUCAGCGUGGUACCUCCUGCACCUUCUGCCACAGCCGGAGAACAAUAUCCAUUCGCUUUGUCAACCGAAUCAAUGCACAGCUCGAUAUGUCGCACUGCCACCGACUUCUGUAAAUUAUCACACGAAUCACUGCGAGGGCACAUGCGAUGUUCUUUUCAUGCAUAAUGCGGUAGUGGUGGAAAUGCUAGAAGCAGGUGACUUUCCAGUCAUCCCAGCCAAAGCGUGUUCAGAGCUCUCCAUACCCGUCAGGCAAGCUUCUGGAGCGGAGAGAUGGAUAGCGAUCAGCCAUGUCUGGGCACAUGGACUCGGCAACCCGCAUGCCAACGCCAUUCUCCGGUGUAGGUAUGACUGGCUCAUAUCGCAAGCGCAGCGGACACCGAGCGGAGGCGGUUGCCCCGUCUGGUUAGACACACUCUGUGUUCCGGUAGACGAGCGGUACGUUGUACAACGCGGGAUGGCCAUUACCCAGAUGCGUCGAGUGUAUGAAGACGCGGCGUUUGUAUUGGUCUUGGACAAGAGGCUUAUGUCAAUCAGUGGCGCUCAUAUCGUCACAUGCCAGCUUGAGCUGUUGAUGAGUGAUUGGAUGCAGAGAAUCUGGACUCUGCAAGAAGGGGCCCCUCCUAUGCCGGAGAGGGUUUUGGUUGCAUUUCAAGAUCGUUUGCAUACGCUUGAAGAACUCACAAGCUGCCAGUAUCUUCACGAAUACACGCGCCUCAAUGUCGAAGCACGACUCGCUAUGGCUCUUUCGCGAGAAUUUCAAUUCUCGGACGUUGUCUAUCGUAAGUCAGCCGAGGACAAGCGAAGAGACGCCAACGAAAACCGUCUGAUGGCCCUUGUCCAGGCAAUGAGUCAUCGCAGCACCAGCCAGCUUCGUGACGAAGCCAUAGUUUUCGCCACCCUGUUGGGCUUGCCAUUCGGUUUGCGCUCACAGAUGCCAACCAUGGAAACAAUUUACAACUUUUUGACCAUGAUUCCUGGUGAAAUCAUCUUCAGACCUGGUCCGCGUUGCUCAAUGCCACAUCUGGGCAGUUUACCCUCGUCCUUCCUGGCCCAAAACCAGGAUCGCGGUAUCGAGUUUGCAGGGUCAACAGAAAGCAAAAGGACCAGAUGGGCCCAUCUGAACAAGGACGGCGUCGUCCUCAAACGACCGAGCCUGAAGUUGCAAGGGCCUCAACAUAUAACAGUCGGUACCCAGAUCAUGGUCUCGUACGAGGAUCACUCGUUAUGUGUAGUGCCAACUUCCUGGACUACUCACGAGCCUGGCUCUUGCCUUCCGGUGACUGAUAUUAUAAUGAGCCGGGCGGUCUAUUUGACCAUACCGCGGCUCAGGUAUCAGGACUUUGACGCUGUCCUGGUGCAUGUGAACAAAGACAACGAUGAACAGCUUGAAGCGACGUACAUUGGCACUGCGAUCAUGAAGCGAGUCACUGGCGCAAAAGCUACUGCGGCGACUGUUGUCCAGGCUGAAUUCAGGGACUUCGUACCCUGGUGCUUGACAUGAGGAAAAGGGGUCUCUCGAUCCGAAGCCGACCCGGAGUCGCAAACUCAACGUCGAUUUAGUUCGCCACAGCCACGCACCAAACCUGCCUUUACGCGCGUUCUUCCUUUUGCACUGACUGUGAGGCUUGCGGAAUUACAACAGCGAACAUCAACAUGAGGUCAAGGACUCGGUAGUUGCCUUGAGGUGCUUUCAGAGUUUGCGUGUUCGUAUCUUUGUUGACAUGGAUGUGAUUUUACGGAGGACUUGUCAUUGCUCAAGGGCCGUAGGGGCCCGUCAGACUAUAUACCUAUCCGGAGGUCGUACAUCGUGUACGACAUCCUCCUGAGUCAGUUGACGGUCUUCAACCGUCUUUACAUCCCUUGGCAUCUCUGAUGCGCUGAAUAAUCACAUGGAGAUCGGAGAAUUUAACA